UUCGACGACGGGUGAGACCCCCGCAAAUUAAAAACCAAAAGCUGCAAAACUAGACUCUGAUUUUAGACGGAAAUAUAUCGACUUUUACGUUUCAAACAAUAAGUGGAAUAUUUGAAAACAUGAAGAAAACGACCAUUUUCACAGGAUUGCUCUUCGCGGUUAUUUCAACGACGGUUGCUUUUAGCACCCGAACCAAUAAGUCCGCGUCCUCUCCUGUCACUUCUGUUCCUACGCGGUCCAAGAGGUGCCCACGAGCGUGCCAAUGUACUCCAAGUACCCUGACUGUGGAAUGCGCUUAUCAAAAUCUCUACCGAGUUCCCUACGGAAUACCGAAAUGGACUCGUACUCUGAUCUUAACCGGCAACCGAAUCUCGGUUCUCCCAAACAAAACAUUUAGACGGUUGGUUCAUUUAGAAGACUUAGAAGUUGAUGGAAACGAAAUAGAAACGGUUUCGGAUCGGGUAAUUCGAAAACUGAGGAAACUUCGAAAGCUCAAUCUGUCUUCUAACAAACUGGAAAGCAUUUCACCAACCUCGUUAAAUAAGUUGGGUAAACUUGAAACCCUGCUGGUGAACAACAACAAACUCGGCAAGUUGUCAAUUUCAACUUUUAGCGGCCUUCAACGUGUUACUGAGAUUGAUCUCAGUAAUAAUUUACUUCAAACGCUUGAAGUUGAAAUGUUCGAAAACUUGCACGAACUAAAGGAAGUCUAUUUUCACGGCAACCGAUGGCACUGCGACUGUCAGCUGAAAAACGUUGAACUUUCUUUAAGAAACAGAAACAUCAGAACCGGGUACAUGGUUUGCGACUCGCCUAGUGCAUUGACCAAACACCAUCUUCGAGACGUAGCGAGCAGUUCUGUAUGCGGGCCAGACUCCCAGCGAUUGAUUUCUAUUCUCCUUGGAGUUUUCUCUGGUUUGGUUACCGUUCUAUUUGCCAUAUUCAUGUGUAGACGGAGAACGGCAAAAGGAAUCGAGGCUUCUGAAACCACAGCGUCUGACAAAGCGGCAGUAGCUGAGAGCGAAGUACAUGCUGAUGAUACGUUUUCAAGAUGCAGCAUUAUUUCGGAAGAAUCCAACCGAAGCGACUUGUUCGUUGCAGCUGAUCUUCUCGGCUCUCCAAUUGAAAUUAGAGUAGAUGUCCUCAAGCCAUCGCCUGCAUUUAAAGGCAUCGACGAUUCAAGCAGCGAAAGCGAUUCAGAAUCAGUUUCCAGUCAGCCGCCGCCGUACGAACACGACUUGAAAACGAGCACUGAUGAUGUACUGAAAGAAAAAUGAUUCCACAAACGUCUAAACAUACAUGACGAGAAGUACUUCUAGUAGGGCAGAAGAGUACACCUUGGUACAUUUUCGUUUUUAAAACAGUAGUUUUCAAAGAAAAGUUGUACUUUUACAACCCGACAAAAAAGCCUUUUGUUCCUUAACUGAAAGUUCGUUUUCUUGCCACGCAU